AACAACAUAAUUUUGACUUCAUUUUAGUUUAAAUUUAAUUUCUAUUAUUUGAUUAAAAAAUUAACAAAAAAAACAAAUAACAAAAAAAUGAUGUUUUCGGCAACAAUUUGUUUGUCACAAAUGUUUGCGACACUAAUUAUUGUCGACAUUUAUGCUCUGAAUACGGAUAAAAGUUUUGUGACCAUCGAUGCAAACUCGACGGACAUCCAGAAGAUAGUGAUCCAGGCUUUUGGCAAAAGUACUGAAACGGAUAAACUAUUAACCACUGAGAGUCUGAAACAUAAGUCAAAACCAAUCUAUAGGGUGGAAGUGACUAAACUAUAUUACCGUAAUUGUAGUGAUAGUGAUAAAGACGAUCAAUGGGUGGCCAUUGAAGGCGAUAAGUGUCGGACGAGUGAAGUCUGUGAGGUCGACGCCACCAAAAAGGGCAAAACCUUUACCCUAUCGGAGAUCAAUUGUGUCGCUUAAUAAAGUAUUG